AUGGCUGAGCAACGUUACACUACGUCGCCGGUUGAUUUACAACCGUUGCACCACAUCGACGCCGCUGUCACCACCACCAGGAACCCUCAUGAGAAACGGAAACAGGCAGAUACAUCUCUCUCCGAGGUCAACUCGACAACCCCCAUCCUUCACCUGUACCUCGACUUUGACACGCCGCUGCCUACACCACCGCUUCCCGACGACACCUCCGGAGGCGGCGCCCGCAUACCGCCAUGCCCGGACCUACGCGCCUACACGUCGCCGCUGGAAUGGAGCCCGGCGCGGAAGAGCGUCCUGCUCAUCCUGUCCUGCCUCGCCACCUUCCUGACGGCCUACACGGCGGGCGCCUACUCGCCGCCCGUGGGCCUCAUGGCCAAGGACUUUGACACGUCGCGCACCGCCGUCCUCGCGGGCAUCACCACCUUCUGCCUCGGCUUCGGCUUCGCACCCAUGGCCCUGGCGCCGCUGUCCGAGGCAUGGGGCCGCUACCCCAUCUUUGUCGCCGCCGGCAGCAUCUACCUCGUCUUCCAGGCGCUCUGCUCGGUGAUGCCUCACGUGGCGGGCAUGCUGGUCUGCCGCCUCUUUGUCGGCGUGGGUGCCUCGGUGUUUAGCGCCGUCGUGGGCGGCGUCAUUGCCGAUCUCUGGGGCAAGGAGGAUAGGAACACGCCCAUGGCGCUCUUCAGCGGCUCUGUGCUUCUGGGCACCGGCGCUGGCCCUCUCGUCUCCGCUGCGCUGAUCAACAUCAUCAAGAACCGGACGAGAGCGUGGCAAUGGACAUUCUGGCACCAGGUCAUUAUGGAUGCGGUUCUCGUGGGCUUCCUCAUUGUCUUUUUUAAAGAGAGCCGUGCGUCUGUCCUGCUCACGCGAAAAGCCAAGAUUUUGAAUGAAUGGUAUGGCAAGCUUGAAAAUUGUGGUGUAUAUGGCAUGUGGAUUUCGCUGGCCAACGUCAAUGUGGCUUCUUCGACUGAGGUGUGGCUAUCGCAGCCUCGCGGCUCAGAGUCCGAUGGCGAAGAUCGCCAGGCGGUUACGCGGGUACAAUCACCAGAGCUCCGUCGCAUUCGCUGGGUUGUCAAGGCUGAUGAGCUGCGCCCUACCCUCAAGGAUCUGAUCGUCACAUCCAUCAGAAGACCUUUUGCCCUCCUCUUCACCGAGCCUGUCGUCUUUUGCUUUUCGCUCUGGGCAGCAUUCUCCUGGGGUGUUUUAUACCUUUCCUUUUCAGUCGUGCCUUUUCUGUAUAACGGAAACCUAGACAUGUCCAGUCGCGUCUACAUCUCCAUGAUGGCUGCGACGGCCGUGGCCACGAUCACGGGUGUAUUCCAGGAACAGCUUCUCAAGAACCCGUCGUGGAAGAGUCUCGAGGCAGGCGGUCGCCCUACAGACUCCAAGUUCUGGCAGCUCAUGCGACGCAAGUUUCCCGCCGAGGCCCCGGAGUCGAGACUGUACUUUGCGUGCAUCACCGCCAUGUUUCUGCCGGCUGGCUUGUUCGCCGGCUUCCUCUCUCCAGACAGCUGGAAAGAGUAUGCGCAAGCGAUUGGCCUUGGCUUUGCGCUGUGGGGUAUCUACUCCGUAUACCUCGCCACAUUCAACUAUCUCGCAGAUACAUACCACGUUUAUGCAUCUUCUGCCCUGGCAUCCCAGAGCCUUUGCCGCAACUUAUUGGGUGGAGCUUUCCCCCUCAUUGCCACACCCCUCUUCCGUAAUCUAGGCACACGGGCUGCAGGCGGUAUCCUUGGCGGCGUUGCUACGGGAUUGACUGUGAUUCCGUGGGUUCUCGUUUUCUUCGGAGAGCGAAUUCGCUCACGCAGCAAAUUCGCAAUCUCUUUAAAGAAGCCGUGA